AAAACUCAUCAAACUUAAAUAAUCUGUACCAUUACAAGUGGGCUAAUCCACAACAUUUAUCAAAAAGCAACAUUUUCAUAUGCCAAGAGGAUAGAAAUCUAGAGAUAAAAAGGAACAUGAAAUUGAAAAAAGAGAUAAGAGGGAAAUCUUGCAAUCAGAAAAUUUCUGGAUUGCUGCCUCCCUAAUCAUCCACAGAGUGACAAAGCAAUGGAAAUGAGAUGGCGGAAGAGGGAUGAAAUUUUUAAAUUUAUUCAUGGAACAAAUCCUACUGAGCAUAACACCCAAUCACAAGCCAGAACACCUUCAUGGGUGAGAUUAGAGUUUCCAGAGAUAUCAAAACGCUAUUAAAAAGCAUGAUUUUUUUUAGAGAGGGAUAAUGGAGAGAAGACACAGAGAAUUUGACAGGAAUCUUCAAAGAUAUGAAGCGUAGUAGUAGUUGGUAGCAUUCAGUCAUUACCUACAUGUAGGUAUUGCCUAUAUUGACAUCCAGAUUUGUGGUUGUUGUGUACUCCCUAUAAAGGAAAGCAGGUGAAGUUUUGGACUAACUUCGAGGGGACUGAUACUAUUUGAGAGAAUCCAGGACCCAUCAGAAGGCUACCCUAUAUUUCCUUUUCUGGAUCUAAUUUAGAAGCGUGAAUUAGUAUAUUUUGGAAUACAUAGUGUAGUGACAGCAGAGAUAUAAGACUUGAAUUCAACUCUUUUUUUUUAUUCAGCAUCUUGGAUAUUGAAGAAAAAAAAGAUGAAGUUACAGGUUCAGCAUAUGAUUGAGGUGGCCUUACUUUUCCUUCUCAAGAUCACCAUGCUCAAAGCCACUAUCCCAACAUCCACUCCCAGUCCUAGACAGCCUGUGAAGGGUGAUCCUGUCUGCAAGGGACCUAUCCUCUGUCCGAUCUGUCCUCCAGGACCACAGGGUAUUCCAGGUGUCGCCGGUCCACCAGGUCUUCCUGGUAGAGAUGGUUUAAACGGUGUACCAGGUCCUUCUGGUGUACCAGGACUUAAUGGCCAAAGAGGCGACAAGGGAGACCCUUGCUGGGGAUGUUGUGGAUCCAACCAUGCAGGAGGUCCCAGUGCAUCCAAUCCAAGCACAACAUGGGGGAGAACCAUCACUCCACAAAACCAGAUGUUCCGUUCAGCUUUCACAGCAGUUAGGACAUUUGACCUUCAUGGGCAUGGUGAUGUUCCCAAAGAUCUGAACUUUAAUCUUAUCCUAGCUAAUGUUGGCGAUCACUUCAACAAUAAGACCGGCCACUACAAAUGCGCCUUUAAUGGAACAUACUUCUUCUCCUUCAGUAUCGGACACAAUCGUGACACCCUUGUCAUCCUCGUGAAAAACGGCCAGAAGACAGUCGGCAUACAUGGGGACUCCAGCAACCAUCUGAGGCAGUCUUAUUCAAACAGUGCUAUCAUUGACUUGGUUGUGGAAGAUGAAGUUUGGCUCCAGAUAGAACCAAGGCAUGCAGUAAGUGGAACUACUGACCGUUUCACCAGCUUCACUGGGUUUCUUCUCUAUCCAGCUUUGCCAACCAGUGAUUGAAAUUUAUAACCCAAAGUUUUUGUAGCACACAUGAGACUGUACUGUACAAUGAAUGUUUAAACUUCUAUACAGGUAUGAG